AUGAUGAACAUUAAUGGUACAGAGUCUUGGCUUUUCAUCAACACUUCCUUUAAUACACCUCAAAUAUCGGGUCCAGCAAACACAAGUGGUAUGGAAAGAUAUCUUCAAAGACUGGCACAUUUAGAUGAGGGGCUCUACAAUGACUUCUAUGGCCUUUGGAUUGCACUGGUGGUCAUAAACUCCCUUAUUUUCCUGGUGGGCAUGGUGCUCAACAUAGUUGCACUUUAUGUUUUCUGUUUCCGCACCAAGCAAAAGACCACCUCAGUCAUCUACACCAUCAACCUGGCCGUGAGUGACCUCUUGGUGAAUCUCUCUCUACCGACUCGCAUCCUGCUCUACUACAGUGGAGGAGCUUGCAUCACCUGCUCAUAUCUGCACAUCUUCAGCUACUUUGUCAACAUGUACUGCAGCAUCCUGUUUCUAACCUGCAUAUGCGUCGACCGGUACCUUGCCAUUGUGCAGGCUGAAGCCUCUCGUCGUUGGAGGAACUCCAGUGUGGCCAAAUGUGUUUGCAUUUCUGUAUGGCUGUUUGCCAUUGUGGUUACCUACUCCUUUCUUUCCACCGCUUUUCAGCACACAGGCUGCUGUCUCUCAAAGCUCCUCUUUCUCACCAUCUUUGAGUUCUUUCUACCACUUGUCAUCAUUGUGGUCUUCACUUUGCGCAUUAUGUGGGCUUUAACAGACCGUCGUCUGAUGCAACAGAGCAGGGAUAGGAGAAGGAGAGCUGUCCAGCUGUUGACAACUGUGCUGAUCAUCUUCACAGUCUGUUUCACACCCUUUCAUGUUAGACAGAUGCUGAAGUAA